AUGGCCCCUCUUACACCUCAUUGGGUCCAGCCGUCCCACCCAGAUCGGCUAGAGGUCAUUGUCAACGAAGCUGCCUUCACCUCGAAGAGCAUUUCGAAAAUCUCGCUGCCUCCCUUCGCUACAUUUGCGAAGUUGUCCUUCCCUCCGUGCACCGUCUCUGAGAAUGUGACGUACGCCACGGUACAGAUGGGCAAGGAUAAGCACUUGAACUUGAACAGUGACCUCCUCUACAUUAACCACUCGUGCGAACCUUCGCUGAUGUUCGAUACUUCGAGCUUCAAUGUCAUCGUCGGACCCAGAGGCCUGGAGCCAGGCGACGAGCUUUCCUUCUUCUAUCCUUCCACAGAAUGGUUCAUGGCCCAACCCUUCGACUGCCUAUGCGGUCAACCCACCUGCCGCGGCCGCAUCUCGGGCGCUCGUGACAUGACCUCCGAGCAGCUCAAGGGCAUCUGGCUCAACGCGCACAUCCGCGAACUCCUCGAAGAGCGCGACGCCGCCGCCUCUUCUACCUCUACCUCUUCUCCUUCGCCCUCAUCCGCUCAGACCACCAACGGUGCCGCCGCCGUCACUAACGGCAAGACCGACAACAACGGCGUCGUCAAGAAGAACGGCACCGCCGCCCCUGAGAACGGGGUCGUUGAUCAGACGGCCGACGCGCUGAGAGACGCGCUCAAGCACGCCGAGCAGGUCGUCGAGGCCGCCAAGACCGCCCUCGCCACCUACCUCGAGUCUCGCACCGGCUCCUCCUCCUACGGAGUCGCCGUCCUUUCCUCUGUCGAGGCCGCUAACGGCAGCGAUGUCGCCAACGGCGAGCCCAACAGCAAGGCUGGGGUCCAGAGACGGGGAGUGACGUCACGAGAAUUGUCCGGGGAGAUGGGUGGAGAUACGCCUAUCGAGUAA